AUGGACGCGAAAUUGGUGGUGACCAGUGCCGUCACGACAUCAGCCGUCGUCGUCGUCCUCUGCUUAUUCUCCGCGGUUUGGAUGUUUGCCGAUGUGAACAACUUCUAUGACGCCACUAUGAAGGAGAUGUUUGAAUUCAAAGAUCUCUCCAACGGAGCUUGGACCGCUCUGACGCAACUUACUGUUCCUGCAAAAUCUUCCAAAUCUGCACAGAUGCUAUUCAACGCUAUCAUACGUCAGAAACGAGGCGGCUACGCGAUUAAGGCUGGAGCUCGCGGCUGCAGGGGUGGACGGUGCGCAAAACCAGCACUCGGUGUCGGAGGUUACGGAGUAGGUGGCAUGAAUGGAGGUGGAGGAUACGGGAUAGGUGGCGGUGGCUACGGAGGUGGAGGUGGAGGGUAUGGAGGAGGAGGUGGGUGCAGCUGCGCACCAAUGACAACUGCUUGCCCUCCAGGACCGCCUGGACCACCGGGGCUUCCUGGAUUGCGCGGUCUGGAUGGGAAGCCUGGAAAGCCUGGCAAACCCGGUUUGGCCGGCAUGGGCGGAAAUGGAUACGGCGGUGGUGGUGGCGGUUGCGCAACAUGCCCGCCAGGACCUCCCGGACCACCGGGAGAGGAUGGUCCUCCGGGACCUCCGGGACCACCCGGGAUGCCCGGCAUGGCAGGCGGGAACGGAGGAAUGGGACCACCAGGCCCGCCAGGACCACCUGGAGAUCCCGGUCCACCCGGCCCUCCAGGGCCACCCGGACGAGAUGGAGCACCGGGAGGGGGCGGAGCUGGAGGAGGUAUCCCAGUGCCAGGACCUCCAGGCCCUCCAGGUCCACCGGGACCUAUGGGUCCUCCAGGUCCGGAUGGUCAAGCUGGAGUGGGAGCUGCCGGGCCUCCGGGACCUAUGGGUCCGCCCGGUCCGAUGGGACCGCCAGGACCCGACGGACCACCAGGACCCCCAGGAGAGCCGGGGGCUCAUGGUGGAGAUGCUGCCUACUGCCCUUGUCCUCCUCGCAACAGUCGUUUCAGAGGGAUCUCGAAGAGCAAGAAACUCGUCUCCAAGGCAGCUAGAACAAUGUCUGCGAUAGUGCGCAGAGUGACCAGAAUCUGA